AUGUCUUCACAUUGGUGUCACAGGUGCAACAAAUUUGUUAGCGUAUGGAGGCUAGGGAUGCCGAUAUGUUCCGAUUGCGACAGUGGAUUUGUGGAAGAGCUCGAAUAUCCAGCACAUUCUCUUCAUGCAGACGGUGUUCGUUCGAGGAGGUUACCUAUGACGGCGGCCAUGUACAUGAUGGGCCACCAUAAUAAUAAUUCAAAUCAAAAUCAAACUCCUCGUCGACGUUACUGCAGAAACAAUAUUCAUGGCGGGGAACUUUCUACGUUUAACCCAAUCAUUAUGAUCCGCGGUGGUGGAACCUCGGAAGGAACGAGCCGCGAGGGUGAAGAAAAUCGCAGGUAUGAGCUUUUCUACGAAGAGGGACCCGGUACCGGUCUCCGGCCAUUGCCUCCAAGAAUGUCUGAGACUCUUCUUGGACCUGGAUUUGAAAGGGUGAUGGAACAACUCUCUCAUGUUGAAGCUAAUCGUAAUGGGAGCGAGACGAAUAGCCGCAAACCAUUACCGGCGGCAAUAUCAACGGUAGAAUCGUUACCAUCUAUCGAAAUAAAUGAUAAUCACGUCGAGAUAGAAUUACAAUGCGCUGUUUGCAAAGAUCAUUUCGAACGGGGAGUUAUAGCCCGAGAAAUGCCAUGCAAACAUAUAUACCAUAAUGAAUGCAUACUUCCAUGGCUCGAGAUUCGCAAUUCUUGCCCUAUUUGUCGCCAUGAACUCCCAUGUGAACUACCACAAAAUACUAAUAAUGAACAAGAGAAUGUUGGAAUAACAAUUUGGAGGUUACCGGGCGGUGGAUUGGCGGUCGGAAGAUUUAUGGGUGGAAGUCGAGAGAAUAACGAGGGAGAGCUUCCUAUUGUUUACACAGAAUUGGAUGGUGGGUUCAAUAGUGUUGGUGAACCAAGGAGGAUUUCAUGGUCAAUGAGUACUACUUCAAAUGGAGGAGGGAGGGGGAGGAGUAAUAUUGGGGGUGGAAUUAGAAGAAUGUUGAACAAUUUGUUUGGAUGUUUGGGAGGUGGUGAUGGGAGUAGUAAUCAACAAGGUUCAAUUUCUACUACAAGAGAGUUUUCUGAAACUAUGAACACAAGGAAUAAUAAUAAUAAUAAUAAUAAUAAUAAUAAUAAUGCAUCUCGUAACAAUGUGAAUGCUUCUACAAGAGCUCGAAGAACUUGGUCUAUGGAUGUAAAUAAUGGUGGAAUUAGACCAUGGUAA